CAAUAACAAAUUUUAGAAAUUUUAUUUUCUGGAAACUACCCAUAACGUAAUAUGCCGUAUAUCCAAAUUAGGCUCGCACCUUCAGUCCAAAGGACUGUACAUUAUUUGCCAAACUUUACUCAUCGGUAUAUGUGUUUAUUGGCACAAAUGUACGCGCGUAACGCAACUAAAUGUUUGGUAUUUCGUUAAGGACAUGACCCUUUCUCACCUGCGAUGUGAUGAUAAACUUAUGUUCGUUUAUAUAUAAAAGAAGGGUUUAUCGAAACUGUUAUGACAUAUUGGUGUCAGUUUUGUAUUUGAACGAUACCAACGCGUACCAGUAGAAAUGGCAGACGCUGCUCCCACUGAAACAGCUGAAGUAUGUAUUUUCAUCCAGAGUGUAUUUAGGUAAUUAAUAAUUUUAUUAUUAUUUUAUCCUUUUACCAGAAAACGGAAGAGGUAAGAUGGAAGUCAGAAAUAAAAACUUUUAGUGCGAAUUGUUAAUUAUUUUCGUAUUUUAGAGCCCAAAGAAACCAAAGGUGAGUAAUUUUUGUGAACAGCGUUUUUCUAAUUACAAAUUUGACUCUCAGUUCAAACUAUUUCCAAAUACGGUUGCCUAAUUGCUAAGGGUUGUGGGUUUACCCGUAUAAAGAGACCUAAUUGAAAUUAAAAAAUUAAGUGUAUACUCAAAAAUUACAAAAAAAAGUUCUAGAACAUUUCCGAAGAAAACAAAGUAACUACAAAAUUUUCGAUUUCACAUUAAAUCGUGAAAAUGAGAUAAAUGGCAAAAAUCUUUAAUCAGUCAAUAGAGUUAAAAAUACAAAAAAUUUGGAUCGCACUUGUAUAAUGUCUAGUAAGAGUUCAUCAUUGAGGGGGUUCAAAAAAAGGUUUCUGGCGUAUACGUAGUUGUAAAUCUUUAAAAAAUACUCUUAUGCUGUUUCAUACAGAUCUAUGAUUCAUUUGUAUGAAUGUAUUAAAUUUAAGUCCACUUGACAAAGAAGAAAGCAACAUGUCCGGAUAGAUUUAUAUUACAGGUGAAAUAAUAUUGAGCAUGAAGAACGUAACUGAAUUUUAUUCACUCUGACACAAGAUCACGAGGUCAACACUAAUCUAAAGUUAUUGAGGGCUGUCUUAUACUAUUUACUUUUUUGUAUCUCGUUUGUAAAAGUACUUGUAUUCCAAAAAAAAAAUACAAUUUUUACAAUCUUACUAAGAGGUGCUUGACCUAGAAUUUGGAAAUAAGUUAUUAAAAUCCGUCCUAAUUUUUUUUUUAAAUAUCGACAUAAAAGCAGCUUGUUGUUUUAGCUGGUUAGUGAAUAUUAUAGGUAAUCAUAAAAUGAUAUACAUAUUUCGCAAUGUAUAUCUUUUAAAAGUACUUAAAUAAAAAUUUUAAAAAUUGAUUAAUAUUUUUUUUGCUUAGUUUAUUAAUAUUUAUUAUUUUAUGAGAAUUAUUGUUAUCGUUAUUUUGGUCAGGUUAUAAGGAGUCGUUUGUUGUUUACAUUAUUAUUAAGCAAAAGUGUUUUGGCAAUUGCAUCGCCUUGGCAAAUAAAAACCGAGCUAAAAUUAACAGUCAUUUGUGCGCCCAAUUUUAUUACCUAAUUAAUUUGAUGACGAUUGAUUGACAAUUUUAUAAAUGAAGGUUCCGAUCGAUAGUUUGACCAAAUUGUUGUUUUGUUUGUGCCUGUAAGAGUUUUGACAAUAAGCGUAAUGGCCCAUGCUGAGGAGGUUAAUAUUGAUUACGAAUCUCUGAAUCACCUGGACAUAUCGAGGGAGCAAUUGAAAAUGCUGAAGCAUAUUUUUGACUCGUUCGAUCUGGACAAGAAGGGUGAGAUUGGAGUUGAUAUGAUUGGACAAAUCUUGGAUAUGUUAGGUCAUCAACUUAGCCCAGAAGAAUUAACAAAAAUUAUUUCGGAAAUUGACUCUGACGGAAACGGAGUGAUGAGUUUCGAAGAGUUCGCUCACUUGGCCGCGAGGUUCGUGGUUGAGGAGGAGGAAGAUGUCGAGGCCAUUUUGAGGGAACUUAAAGACGCGUUUAGGUUAUACGACAAAGAUGGCCUAGGAUACAUCACCGUGGACUUACUAAGAGACAUUUUGAAGGAACUAGAUGACAAACUGACCCCGCAGGAUCUUAACGAAAUGAUUAAAGAGAUUGACACUGACAAUUCCGGUACAGUUGAUUGGGAAGAAUUCAAAGCUAUGAUGAUUGGUUAGUAUCAAUCACCAUCUAAAGGGACUCUGUAAAGACUGAAUAAAUGGGUUGAUGAAUUUCGUUCACCAACAUUAUUCAUUAAAUUAAUGUAAAUGGAGAAAAGUAAAUUUAAGAUUUGUUGUUUAUAUGUUUUAUUUUGCCAUAACUUAUAGGGUUCUUUACCUACAAGUGGCGCAAUCCAAUUUUAGCAGGUUUUUUUAAAUAAUAAAAUAAUUUGAAAUAAAAAUUCGUAAUCAUUAGUAAGAACGUUAUUAAAAUGUUAAUAAAAAGUUUCAAGUUUUCAAAGCACUCUAUAAAGAAGACAAAUAUUCUGAAUAUUCGUUACAGGAAUAUAUUGGGGUUAAAAAAAAUUAUCGCACUAGAUUGUUUGCUUUAUUUAAUUACAUCGAAGAAAG